GUUGGAAAUGGAGUUUAAGGGGGCGGGGUGCAGCAGAAAGGAGCUGAGAUGUUUGGCUUUUUUAUACAAAAUUAUUUAUUUAAAUAAAAAUGGCCGCCGUGGAGAGCGGAGAGGACAGAAUGGAGGAAGGUUCAGAAGCAGAGGAGACACCAGAGCCUUCGCCUCCCUCCAAAGAGAAACAAACGUCCCACAGUAAAAGCAAGAAGAACCGAAAAGAACGGCAGGCGACUGGACAUGAAGCUCCUCCCACAUCCUCCAGUCAAACGACAUCUACUGCAACUUAUGCUACCAUGGCGACAGCAGCAACAGCAGAGACACCGGCCCAAGAGGACACCGAAGAGGGCCCCUCAGCUUUAGAGGCAGGCCCCAGCUCCGCCUCUCCCCGUCAGCGGCGCUCCGUCAUCAGGGACCGUGGGCCUCUGUACGACGACCCCACGCUUCCAGAAGGAUGGACCCGCAAACUCAAACAGAGGAAGUCCGGGCGCUCUGCAGGGAAGUUUGACGUCUACCUGAUCAACGCAGAGGGAAAGGCGUUCCGAUCAAAAGUGGAACUUAUGGCUUACUUCCAAAAAGUGGGAGAUACAACUACAGACCCCAAUGACUUUGACUUCACAGUAACAGGGCGAGGAAGCCCAUCUCGGAGAGAGAAGCGUCCUCCGAAGAAACCGAAAGCAGUCAAACCAACUGGGAGGGGCAGAGGCAGGCCUAAAGGAAGUGGGAAAAUGCGCCAGGCCACAGAAGGUGUGGCCAUGAAGCGUGUGGUGGAGAAAACUCCGGGCAAACUCUUGGUGAAAAUGCCGUUUGGAAAAGACCCUGCCACACCAAGCACUUCUGCUGCAGCAAAGGUGACACAUUCCACCGUAGCACCUGCUAAAAAACGUCCUGGAAGGAAGCGAAAGGCGGAACAGGAUCUCCCUACUCCUCAGACAGCUCCUAAAAAACGAGGGAGAAAACCUGCCUCUACGUUAGCCACAGUAGCUUCAACCUCUGUCUCCUCUGGACCUGCCCCCAGCACUUCCUCGUCCUCUGCUGGAAGUUACACCACAGCCGCCAUCUUAGCUGCCGAGGCCAAACGCAAAGCAGCUAAAGAGUCUUCCACGAAACCUGCCGUCCAAGAAACUGCGUUGCCAAUCAAAAAACGCAAAACCAGAGAAACUGUGGAGGAAAUGGAGAGCGUGACUAUCCAGGACACCAGUACAGAGAGCGAGAAGAAGCCUGCUAUGCCUGCAGCCGGUAGUACAGAAAAGGAAGGUACGUCGUCAGUCCAGUCUUCUGAGCAGAGCCAAUCGCAAAAACAGUUAUCGAGUUCAGAGACGAGCCACUCCCAUAGACAUAAACCCCAUAAAUGCAGAAAGCGAAAGGAUAAAACUGAAACAGAGGAUGAGGGGAAAAAGAGAAAACAUGAACAAGAAAGUAGCAGUAGCAUUAGCGGUAGCAUUAAAAAAACAAAACGGCACAAACACAAAGAAAGGCCCCCACACAAGCAUCACCACCACCACCAUCAUCAUCACCACCACCACCACCAUCACAAACAUAAACAAGAGUCUGCAAUGCCAGAGCAAGCUACAGCUCCUGCUACAGCUCCUGCUACUAAAGAAACCGUGCCCAGUCUUUCAGUCAAAUCUGAAACUUCCAAAGCUGAAGCAAAACCACCACCUCAAUCAAAACCAGAACCACAGCACCGUCAAGUGGUGCCAUUGACACAGUCACAGCCAAAACCCAAACAAGAACAAGAAUCCUCUACUUCUAGUCAGGAAAAACAGCAAUCCAAAACUCAGUCUCGAGCACAGUCUAAAUAUCCAAAAUCACGAUCUCCUUCUCCACAACAUCAAAGUCUAAUCCAGUCAAAUGUAGAGUCUUCCCAGUCAAGUGUGCAAGCAAGAAAAAAAUCACCAACCCAAUUGACAACGCAAUCGGAAACUGCCCUUCAGUUGCAAGAACAGUCAAAAGACCAUUUGUCAUCUCCUAAGCAAGUAAAAACAACUGAGCAUUCUCAAAAUCUUCAAGUGCAGUCUAGUUCUCUGUCCUCUCCUAGUAAGAAAAAUGAGUCUCAAAGAUCAAACCAAGUCCAAGUUACAAUAUCGUCAUCACUUCCAAUAAAGCAUGUUCCAACCCAAGCGAAACCUCAAAGUCCGACCACGUCUCAAGUCCCGUCAGCUCAGUCACAGCCUCAAAGUCCAUUUCCAUCUUCUCUGGGAAAACAUGCCCAAAUGCAAACGAGUCAUCAAGUUCAGUCUUCUGAUCCAACUCCACCAUCUUCCUCCAAACCUGUUCAAAUCCAAGUGAAAUCAGAACCUCAAAAUUCCUCACAACCUCAACUUCCGCAAGAAAGUCCUAGACCCCAAUCCACGCCUUCUAAGCCUAAUACAACACAGUCAAGAGAGCAGUCAAGAGAGCAGUCAAGAGAGCAGUCAAGAGAGCAGUCAAGAGAGCAGUCAAGAGAGCAGUCAAGAGAGCAGUCAAGAGAGCAGUCAAGAGAGCAGUCAAGAGAACAGUCAAGAGAACAGUUAAGUCAACCCACUGGACCUCUUGCUCAGUCUAGUGUCUGUCCAAGUAGCCAAACAUCUGGUUUAACUGAGUCAGGACAGUCAGGACAGCAACUACAGCAUCACAGCUCAGCUCAAGUUCAGCCUACAACCUCACAGCCAAUUUCUACCAAGCAAACGACUCAAGCAAGGCCAGAAUGUCAGUCUACCGGUCAACCUCCAACGCAGUCUGUCUAUCCAAGUAGCCAGUCACCAUCUGGUAGACAAAGUUCAGCUCAUAUCGGACAACAGCUUCAAACUUCAACAAACGUUCAGUCUACAGUUCCCCAGUCAGUAUCAGUUAAGCAAACAACUCAAGCGAAGCCACAAAGUCAAUCAGCGGGUCAUACAACAACCCAAACUGCUUAUCCAACUUCUCCGUCUGCCUCCAGUCGACAACCUCAAAUAAAACCAGAUGCCGUGUCUAGUUCGUCCUCUCCGUCACCCCAGAGUAGGCAUGCAUUAUCUCAUCAACGCCCGCCACAGCAUAUCCAUUCUCAAAGUUUCAGUCAUUUGCAAGUCCAUUCUGCUCAUUUGACCGCUAGUAAACAAAUCCAAACCCAAGCAAGACUGCAGCCUCAAAGUUCUACUCAAGUGCAGUAUCCAACAUCGGUUAAAAAUUUCUCAAUGCAGUCUCAAGUUUCUGCCCAAACGCAUGCUCAGUCAGUGCAUCCAGGUUCUUCUUGUAAGCAAGUAUCUCACCUACAGAGGCCUCAAACUCAAGUUCAGUCCAAAACGCCAAUCAAUCAGUCACCUCCUACCAAGCAUGCAUCAAUCCAGCCUAAAGUCCAAUCGCAGUAUCAGAGCUCUACGCAAAUUCACCCUAUGCAUGCAAGUUCACAGUCUCCACUAAGCAGGCAUGUUCCCAUACAACCAAGACCAUCCUCCCAGUCACAAAGUUCAAGUCACGUACAAAUCUCCAGCCAAAAACUGCACUCUGCUAGCACUCAGUUUCAUUCUCAAAUGCAUACACAAGCAUCAUCUUUGUUGCAUGUUUCAUCUUCUCAGACCAGACUCGCAACAUCUCCAAGUCAAUCCACAGGAGGAUCUCAAAGUUCACUUCAGCAAAGGUCCAUUUCUCAGUUGCAAAAUCAACUCCAGUCGCCGGUAGUACAUUCUCAAAUCCAAAGUAGACCUACGUCACAAUCGCAAAUUCUACCAAGACCACUGAAUCAGCAGGACAGAUCUCAAAAUCAGACCCAGAGUCAACACAGGCCAGCAACGCAGCCAAUGGCUCAACAAGCAACAUCAGAAUUACAAGUUAGGUCCAAUCAGGCACAAAUUCAAGGGAGAAUUCCAACCCAAAUACCAGGAGCUGUUCCGCAAGUUCAACCGAGACUUUCUUCCUCCCAGCAAGCUAAGCAAUCUUUCCACUUUCAACAACCUCGGAUGCCUUCACAAAAUCCGCAAUUGGACUUACAAUCCAGACAGCAAACUCAGUCCCAAACAAGGCCAAGUUCUCAGUCACAGCUUCAUCAUUCCCAGCAAACUUCAUCCAGAUGUGCUACGACAUCUGUACAGCAAUCCCAAAUUAAGACUCAUAGCCACUUACAGUCACAAUCGAGAAUACCAUCACAGUUGCCGGCACAAUUGUCGAGAAUGCCAACAGAAAUUCACCAAGUUCAAACCCAAAGUAUGGCUAGGACUUCAGCCCAAACUCUGCCGCAACAAUCGCAUUCUCGGACUCUAGUGCCCACCCAGUCCUCAACAAAUCUUCAACAACAAAUGAUAUCACAGAGCAGGAUUUCAACUUCUCAGUCCCAAUAUAUGACUGCACAAAUGCCCUUUCAGAGAGCAACGCAAGCCCAAACUCAAAUCACAAGGUCUCCCAUACAACAGCUAGCCCCACAUAGACCAUCGCGAAACAUCGAGAGAUCGAAUUUGGUUCAAGUGCAGACAAACCCAAGUGAUCAACCACAAGAUUUGAGCACCACGCGGCCAAGAAAUCGAGACGAAAGUGUGAAGUUGGAAAGCAGAGAGAGUUUAGGGGGUGAAAGAGGAGCGAAUAAUACUUCUAGCAACAGGAUACGAGCAGAACCGGAAGCAGCCGGGGAGGGCAGGGAGCUCAAAGACAUUGUGGCCCAAUCGGGAGUGCCUUGCCCCAGCCGCGACGAAACUGUGGAGACCCGGACUGCGGUUAGUGAAAGGGUCAGCUGAUCAUACAUGACAUAAGAUGAUUACUGCAAAAAAGGAACAUCUACAAUACGCGAAUGACUUGAAUUUGAGUAGUUUUGACUUAUAUGUAUGUAUUUACUUAGACUUGAAUACAGAACAUUAUAGCAGGAAUAGAACCUAGCAAGUUGAACUAUUGCUGCCCCGGUGUUAGGGAUGCACCGAUUUUUUUCAAUUCUGAUACCGAUAAUGUAUCUGCUGAUAUCCGAUAUUAAGCGAUACCUUAUGUUAUUAGGUUAUUUUUUCAGACCAAGAGUUUGUUUUUAUACCUGACAGUUUUGACUGCUCACUAGCGGUCUUCCUUAAAAUGAUCAUGUGAUGUUGCUGUGAUGUGUCCUGUCAGCUGAUUUAUACAGGUUUUGGCGACGUCUUCCUACCGGAGCAGGCAGGACGACAGCACCAUCUGCUAUAAACCAGGACGAGGGGGCUUUUUCACUCUCACACACCUGGGAUACUGUCCUAAGGAAGUCAGAUUGCAGAUGGCAACGACUCUGAUAAAAAUCCAUGUGUCAUUUGUUCAUUCGUUUCUCAAUAAAAAACAAAAAUAAGAAAAUGAAAAAACACCUAUUUUCUUCAUUAUUUGUCUCCAAAACCAAAAUGAAAUAAAAAACAGAUAACGAUUUGAAUUUCCAGUUUCUGAUUUUGUGUUUAAAUGCAAAGUGGAAAAAACGGAUAACGGCUGUUUUCCAUUCAUGUGACUUAAACUGAGAUGCCGGACUGAACUAGGACUAAAACAGGACUAAACCGUUUUCAGUCCUGGUCUGGUCCCAGUCCUGGUCUCGGUCCCGGUCUGGUAAUCUCAGUCCCGGUCUCAAUCACGGACUGGUCCUAGCCUGGUCCCAGCCUUAGUUCUGGUCUAGUCCCGGUCUAAGUCCUGGUCUGAUCCCAGUGUGGUUCUUGUCUGGUCCCGGACCUGGUUUAGUCCUGGUUUAGUCCAACAUCACAGUUUAAGUCACGGAAACGGGAAACGGACGUUAUCCAUUUUUUCCAUUAUUCAUUUAAACACAAAAGCAAAAACUGAAAAAAUUAUCUGUUUUUUCAUUUUGGUUUUGGAGACAAAUAAUGAAGAAAAUAGUUGUUUUUUCCUUUUUUCUUAUUUUUGGUUUUAUAUUGAAAAACAAACCAACAAAUGAUACACGGAUUGAGGAAGGCCGCUAGUGAGCAGUCGAAACUGUCAUGUAUGAAAAUAAACUCUUGGCCUGAAAAAAGUACCCGAUAACAUAAUUUAUCCGAAGACCAAAUUAACCUCAUUUGACUAUGAAGCGAUACCAGUGUAGGGACUGGAAGCUGAACUUUUUUCUCUCAAAACACAGUUACCAAAUUUGAUCCAUUUGUUACGCAACUUAUUUAUGCUUCAAGUAAUUACAGAACAGCUUUGUAUAAAUUAAAGUUCAAACAUUAUCAGAUGUCCUGGGCCUAUAUCAGUCAAUAAAUAGUCUUAUUACAUCCAAUUAAAGGAUCAGCGUUGAUAUUCAAUACCGGUGUCGAUAUCAGUGCAUCUCUACCCGGUUUAUUUAGUGGAGUAAGACCAUUUCACUUGAGGUAAGAAAGUUUUACCCCACUUUAUUUUGUGAAACGUUGUUCAUGUCAGAUAAUCUAGGCCACAGCUACUCAAAUCAAGUCAUUUUUGCUAAUACAGAGAUUCAUUUUUGCAGUGUGGGACUAAUCUGCAAUCGUCAAGAGAAGGUUUACUGUUUUUACACUGUUUAUGGAAUGUAAGGAUUCAUCGCACAAAGUUAGUUGAUCUGUUGUAGCUUCUUUGCCAAUGUUUGAAUCAAAAAAGACUUAAAUUCAAAUAUGGAAGAGCUCUCGACAAUGAAGAUGGAAUUUUUUAAGGAAAACUGAACUUUUAGAAAACGUAAAAAAAUAUGUAUAUAUACUCAUAAGGCAGCUGUUAUGUCCCGCUAGUCUCUGUGGGGAUGGGGGGUAGUAGUAAAAACAACGCUCAACAAUACUCUGCUUCCGGAUAUUAACAUAACAUUUUUAUUUUGUACUACUUUGAUCACUUUUACAUCUUUAAAGCAGAACUCGGUUACAUCUUUACCGUGAAUAAUCAAGUCCAGUUGUCUCAUGAGUUCUUUAGAAUUCAUGAGACAAUGACAUGACAAGACUUCUUUUGGUUUAUCAUUGUUUUUUGUUUAGUUUUUUUCUAUAAUUUGGCUUCUCUGAAAACAUUAAAAAAAAAAGAAAAACAAGCUUACUAAUGAGACUUAAAGGUGCAUUGUGUAACUUUUCUGGUGGAGUAUCCUUCACUUGAUUGUUGUUGUUUUUUUUUUGAUAUGUCAUUGUUCUGCCUGAAAUGUUUCAUAGUGUGACAUUAAACAGCUCUGCCUUACAUUUAUUCAAUUACAGGUGGUUUUAUAGCUCAAAAACACUUAGAAAAACAGGGAUUCUGACUGUGAGCGGGGUCGCCUCUCCACAGAUCCGACUUGUAACUUGGUCUGGUUUGGGCUCCGUGAAGAAAAGAAUGUUUUUUUUUUGGAGAAAAGCAUGGACGGACUCUACCAGAAAAGCUACACAAUGCACCUGAAUUAAAAUUGAGAAUAAUCACGGGUGUUUUUAUCCUAGAAACAGCAGGGGGAGCUACAGGACACAGCAACUCAUUCACUGUCACACUGCCAACUAUUUGAGGCAUAGAAAGUUACAGAGUUCUGCUUUAAGGAUGUAUUGACGGGCGGUCUCUUACUGUCUGUGAUGCUAGUUGUUAUUGUAACUGUUGCACCUUCAAUAUGGCUUCUCUCUAUAGUAAUAUUCAACUUUACUGAGCACCCCUGUUCACGGUUUGUGGGUAUAUGGGGCAGUUUGCACGUUUAACUGUGUAGUAACUGGGUUUAAUUCUUCAUUUCUCAUUUUGAUGGAAGCUCUAGUACUCGUAGAUGCGUGCACCAGACCUUCAGUGUAACAAAGAUCUGGUUCAUGCACGGAGCUAUGGAAAGCAGCUUGGUGAAAUGAACUCCCAAUAGAUCAGACAUUCAGCACAAUAAUAAUAAAUAAAGUUCUCAUUGUAAACUUCAUAGAAAUUGUGAGUUUUGAUCAAUUUAAAAUCACAAAUAUUGGAAAGUGUUUUUGCCAAGUUGCCUUUUCUCCCAGUGCGUCCAAUUCCUCCUGCUUCAUCGUAGAAUCCAACCAAACUUCACGUUUCGGAAACACCAGUUAGUUUUUCCAUUUCAGAAGCAGUGAGAGAGAGAGAGAGAGAGACACACACUGAACUUAGUAUUUCCACGUUGGAAGUGAUAGUGUUGUUGUUUUUUUCAGUUUCAAACUAAUCCUGAAACGAGAACAAGGCUAAUACCAGGAAGAAACCUUUAAUUCUCUUUUUAAAAAUAUAACUCCAGAUUUUGAAGUGCUUUGUUCCUAUUGAGAAAAGUGCCACAGAAAUGUUAUUUAAAGCUGUUUUAUAUCUUUUUAUAUUCUUUAUUUAUUUAAGUGCCAUUUUGAAAAGUGCUUUUAAUCUGGUAGGAAAUGGUUGUGGUAGAAUAUGCUGUAAAAGGACAUAAAGGCAUAAACUGAAAUUCAAUCCAAUUUAUUGCCAAUUAAACACCCAAAACAUACACGUUUAUUUUUAUUUUUGGCAAUGAUUUGACCUUUUAUUCAUAGCCAGAGAUUAGUGCCUGUUUCCAUGAUGUAAAACACAUGUUUCUGAAGUUGAGUGAGUUUGAAUGAAAGCACUGAAGCACCUUCUGUAGCACUUUAUGACUGAUAUAAGCUUGGGACCUCCAGAACUUUUUUUCUGUAUGAAAAGUACUAUUCGACCACAAUCACCAAUCAGUGAAUGUAAAAAACAAAAACAAAAAAACAAAAAAGAAACAGUUUUGGCCUUCAAUUGUUGAGUUUCAAAAUGAGUAAUGCUGCUUUUAACAAAUGUUGAAUUGUUGUAUGUUUAUUUACUCUUAAAAGUGCAUUGUGUAACUUUUCUGGUUGAGGGUUUUUAUAGAUUUGUCUCUGCCUUUAAUGUUCCACAGUAUGACAUUAAACAGCCCUGCAUUACAUUUAUUCAAUUACAGUUGGUUUUAUAGGCAUUCUGACUGUGAGCGGGGUUACCUCUCCACAGAUCUGACCUGUAACUUGAUCUGGUUUGGUCUCCAUGAAGAUAGAAACGUUUAAUACCACACUGUGAAACAUUCCAGUAACAAUAACAUCUCCAUGAAGAAAAGCAUUUGACGAAAAGUUACACAAUCCACGUUUAAGUCUUUUGUAGGAGGCUACAUCUAUGAAGACAGAUCUACAGUGAUGGGAAGAACACUCUGAAAAUAUAUUUAGUUACAGAAUACCUGCAUUAAAAUGUGUUUUGUAACGUAUUCUGACACAUGGUCAAAUCAGAGUAUAUUUAGAAUACUUUUACAUCGCGUUGCUUUUAAAUUAUAGUGAAAAGACACAACAUAGGAUUGUAAACUGCUUCAUAUUUGUUUCACAGUUAAUUGAAGAUGGAAAAAUCACACAUGGCUCACCACGAGAGCAGUGGUUUUUCUGUUUUUCUCUCUAAUUCUGUGCAUAUUGAAAACUAAAUUACAUGAUCAAAUAUCGCCAUGUAUCCCUUUGAUUUUAGAAAAGUGACUGAUUUCAAUACCACCAAAUUAAAAAGUAACUACAGUGGUCCCUCAUUUAUCGCUGGGGUUACGUUAUAAAAAUAACCUGAGAAGUAGUCAGUUUUAUAUUCUACAGUUAUUAUAUAUGUUUUAAGGCUGUAAAAGCCCUCACCACACACUUUAUACGCUUUUCUCAGACAGGACGGUUACAACCCUUUUUGCAUUCUUCUUAAAACUUAUUGCUGCUGUUGUCCUUAUGUUAUUUUCGUCCUUCUUUACGUAAAAAAACGACGAUUAAUUUAUACUGUAAUGGAGCCCUACAGUCUCUUUGCUAAUCAGGACGCAGGGGGAAGAACGCAAUGUAAAAAAAUAAAAAAAGUUGAACUAAAAAAAAUCUGUCAAACAGCAAAACUGCGAAAGGUGAAGGAACGACUGUAUCCCAGAAUACAGUUACACAAAAUCAGGGUGUAGUACUACAUUUUGGACCCUGGGUACAAACUAUCACGAUGGGCCUGCACUACAUGUUGUCUAAUGAAAAACUCACAGUACAGACUUUGUGAAGAGCCCCUCCCGGCAAUGCGCCCGGGGUAAACAGUCCACUUUCCACCCCCAGUACGACGCCCCUGCUCAAAAUUUGUAUUCAGAUUAUUCUCUGUACAUGUUAGUUACUUCCCAACACUGCAGAUGAAGCUGAACUCUGUUACAUUUUUGUGGUCUAAUAUAUGGAACUAAAUGACACAAGGUCUUAUUAAUGGAGCAGUGUUGUCAGCAGGUCGCAUACUUCUCUAAAUCUUAACAACUACCGCAACAUUGACCUAUUGUUACUCCAUCAGUCCGUGUACAUUUCAGUGGAAGACCAAGAAAGCGAAACGGGCUUCCUUCCUCUAUUAUAAUUUCUAUUCACCGAGCUUUUACCUGUAUAUUCUCUGGAUUGUGUCACAGUGAAGUGGUGAAGACGUGGCAUUUUUACAGUUUUAAGAGGUCAAUACAAAAAUAUAGUUCAAAUUGAUUGUGUACAUCUUGAAGAGAAACAUUUGUCUUAAUUUAUUAGUCUCUCAAAUUGCUCAAAGUUCCCCCAAUUGCAGGAGGAUUUUUAGGGUGAGGCUAUGUACCAUGAAAGCUCAAGGCUAAACUACAAAAAUGCCUGUUCCAAUAAAUAUUUAUGUUUAUAUAUGAUGACAAAACUGUCCAAAUCCAGGUGAAGCAAAACUUAGGUGAAUAUGAUAUCAUUAUAUAUAUCUAUGACUUAUGUAUGUUUAUCUUUAGCCCCCUUAAGAUGACUUGAGUGUACUAAAAGCUCUAUAAAUGAAUUCCUCUGUCAGUUUGAUGAUAAAAAUAUACCGUGUGUUAGGUCAUCUCUGUUGUAGUAAGAGGACAAAACUCACAAAUAAAAUGCAUGUGAAAAUGUUGAGAAUCUAAAGCAGUUCAGCACAAUUUCGUUGCGGUCCAACAAAACCAAAAUGUGUAAAAUGGAUUAAAUCUGCUUGUAAAGGUUUUGUGUACUUGGCUUCUGUCUCACUGUCUCUACAUAGCCAAUACUCUUUUAUUUA